UAUUAAAUAAAUGUAUACAUGUACAUAUGUAUGUGUUCCAAUAGUAAACAUGGAGCUAAUCUUUGAUACUCUAAAAACGAACUAGGAAGUUUAAAUCAUAUGUGCACGUUGCUAUAAUGCAUAAACAACGUUAUCAGACAAUCGAUAAGUUCGACCACAUAUCACCAUACACCAAAGUCAGUGCACCAAACGUGAAGCUAAAUCCAACAAGAAAAUGCCGGCUCAUUAUAAAUAUGUGCAUUUUAUAUGGCUGACGUUUAUGGUGUUGACGGGAUAUAUUAUUACGACCGACAGCCUGGUAUGCUACCAAUGCAGCGACUCGUCAAACGGUGGAACAUGUCGAACAAACUUUGAAGGAAUGGAAAAGGAAUUUAUAAAUAGACUCUACCCGUCCAACAGUUCACAUGGUUCAGGCACGGAAGACGAAAACAGCUACACAUACACACAACCGUGUGACGAAAAAUAUUGCAUUUUUCAAGAUAUUACACAAGCAGGAAAAACAAUUGGCUUUAUCAGAGGAUGCAGUUCGGGGAAUGAUUCCCUUCCCAACGCUGGAUACACGAAGAGAAUCGAUAGAAUCCAGGCAAACAACAAAACUGUAUGCGGUAUAUCGAUGGUCGGAAAUGGCAUGAAAGUGUGUGUAACAAUCUGUCAACAAGACCUCUGUAACGGCCCACAAUUCGAACAGCCUGUUAACGCCGGAAAUAUGAAGUUUCAGGAGUUGUCGUUCAUGUUGAGCACAGUACUAAUGGUUCUGUUUACAUAUGCAUUGCCAUAUGAAAAUUAUGUCUGAAAUUCUUAUAAUUUAAUUUGGCUUGUAUCAAGAUUUUUCAUUGGCUUAAGCAGUCCUUAAGGUUAAAAUGACGUCACCGUUUGUAACCUGGUCGCUUUUGACUGGCUGCAACUACGGCCUAAUAAUUUCCGAGAAAAAGAUUCAUCAAUAAAAGUAGAUUACCAAAGGAAUUUUGUAAAGUAGAUUAAAUAUAAUAUGAAUGUGCG